GGCAGCAACGACGGCUGGCUAGUAACACACACGUAGUGUGAGGGGGACGUGGGCAUUUGUUUGGUUUCCUUUUUUUUUUUUUUGCUUUUCCACGUAACCUACUACGGAUCUACACACACACACGAGUCAACAGAAGACCAGACUUUUUUAGUGCUGAGCAUUUUUUAAUACCCUCGAUUUCUGUGUGCGUGCGUACGAAGCCUCUUGUUUUGAGAGCCACAAGAAACCCCGUCAGUGUCGCUAAAUUUUGUUGUCACACAACAGACGAAUUUCACCUGCUGACUGUGAUCCUUCCAUUUCAACAAUUUCUAUUUUUUUUUCUUCUGUUGUUGUUGUUGUUACUACUUUUGAAGAAAUUAUCCGGUUUUUCUCCAACGAUGCGGUUAUCUUCAGUGUAUUAAACGUGACAGUGUCUCAACACACGAUUUCACGAGAAGAGGUCACCACGUUUCUUUUUGAUUAAUGAAAAACCUCUUUCAUAAUCUUGACCACAUGGACGAUUUAUCUCGAUUCGUUUAUCGAAAAACUAUGACUGUGAAAUUAGAGGAAUAAAACAAAAAAAGAAGAAUUUUAAUCAAACAAACAAACAAAACAAAAUGUCGUCGAUUUGCAAAUCGUUUGAAUCGAACGCUUGGCGUAGCGACCUGUGCAGCCACUGCUUCCAGUCGAAAGAGGAACACGACCUCCUGUUGCAGCCGAUGACCUCAUCCGACCCGACCAAAGAUGUCGCGUCAUCUGCUCUCCCCUCCAGCAGCAGCAGCACGGGAUUGGGUUCACGUUACCAGUCUGUCCUGAAUCACAGCCGAUCUUCUUACAGAACCGGUAGCACGACGGCCGCUGCAACGAUCGGCAGUCUGACGCCGGUUGUCACGGCGACCACAACCGUUGCGACGAAGACAACGACGGGACCCGCCACGACGACAUCGGUGAUGAACCCGUCGACCCGUUCAUCAUCCGGGGUCAAAGCCAUCCUCAAAACUAACGGCAAUUCAGCACAGACAAGGACUAAACAUUCCAAAUCGGUCAACUUCCCCGAUGGCGACCAAGACGCCCACGAACAAGUCAUCGGCUAUGGCGGCCACGAGUGUUUCGACGACGACAGCGACGAUGAUGAAACGGAUCAUCGCAAUAACAAAAACGACGACGACGACGACGACGAUGUCCCUUUCACCGAGGAGGAACGCAUGAUCCACAAUCAAACGCAAAAGAAUACCAGCUUCAAUUCGGUCAGCCGUAACUUGUUGGCUUCCGAAGUGGCUACGUUCAAGAAUCACGGCGUGUCGUCGACUCGCGUCACUUCAUCGUCAACGUCGGCGCCUCUGGUGACCAUCCGACCUUUUGGCCAGUCGGCACCGUCGCUAAACAGCGCAGCGCGAACCAAUGGGGCGGUGUCCGAUUGCCCCAAGAUUAACUUGGUUUCGCCCAUGCGAAACGGCCAAGCCGUCCUGACGGCCCGCACGACGACGACCAACAACAAAGAGGAGAUGAAGAACCGUGAAAAUUUAUUGAAGAAAUCGGAUCAAUUGAUUGACAACGUCGCCAAGAAACCUGAAGUCGAGAAGAUCACGUCCUUUUCCGAUCCAGUUCCAGCUGUCAUCACCAAUGAAACUGUUGUCGAAGAGCAACCGUUGCCUACACCGCCCGCUUCGCCUACUCCCACUUCAGACGUUGCAAACAACACGAAAGCCAUCGUUCUACAAGCGAGCAGAGUCGCAUCCGGCCGGAUUGAGCCUGACAGCUCGAAACCAGCAUCCAACCGCAUCACGUUGACCAGGAAACCUCCCGUGUGGAGGGAAAAGCCUCGCAUUCCCAUCAAGCCGCAAACGGCCGGAGCUCCUCCGCCAGCUGGAGUGGCUGAAUCUAUCGUCGCAGCGCAUCCGGCCGCCAAGGUCAGCACGAGCGAAUCGAAAUCGCCGCAGAUGAAGCUCCAAAACGCUGAAUGUCAGCCUGGUCAGAUAAGCAUUCGCUUUGUUCAUCUAUCAUCCGGGGCUGAUGAUACGGUUCAGGAAGCCCCUUCGAACGUCCCGUCUUUAAUUCCGGCAAACGAUUCGGAUGUUCCUAUUCAAAAAUGCCCAGUUGUUAAACAACUUAGCGCGCUGGAACGUUUGGAUUUGCUCGGCUCUUCGGAGAAUUUGACCGAGACAUUACCCCCGUCUUGCGUGGCCUUGGCGGAACCGAGUCCGCCGCCGAAGGUUGCGGAAGUUGAAACGAUUUCGCCAAAUUUCGUCUUGGAACACUUAGCAACAGCGGAAGUGGUCACUCCCCCGAGAACUCCUUCGCCCAUUACGAUCGCAAACGAGAUCAAUAACAACCCAAUCAAGGCCGUCCUUCCCGAGCAGGAGGCUCAAGUCCAAACGCAUGCGGAUCAACCUGGAACGGAAUCGAGCAAAUCGCCUCGCUUGACAAACAAAUCGCUGGACGAAACGAAAGAAGUGGCGUCGAAGUCGGAGAGCUUCUCUGUCGAUUGCCGAUCGAAUUCCACCAGGGGGCUAACGCGGUCGGCCUUCGAAGCCCUGCGAGCCAAUUUGGCCGGAUCGUUGGAAUUAUCGCGAGUGUGUCAGCCUCAACGCGGCAUCAACGGCGGCAAUCCCAAACGACAGGCUCCUCCCACUCCGCUUUCGUGCGACACGGAGCAAUCCGUUAGCCAGUCGGAUUCGGCUCCGUCAUCUCCUCCAUCCUCUUUGGCUUCUUUGAACAUGGCCGAUCCUGUGGUGCCUUUACCUCCACCGACUCAAAGUCCACCGUCACCCCCACCAGCGCCUGCCCUGCCCUCUCUGAUCGAGUGCGUCGUUACUACCCCCGUGAAACAAUCGCCUCCUCAUUCGAUGGAAAAAAGCAGACCGCCCGAUCGAGCCAUUUCGGCCAGUCCUCGGUUCCGGAACAGCUUGAUCUGCACGUCUCCGGAUGGCGGGUCGAUGGCGGUGGACGAGGAAGACGGCCAUCCGCGUUCCGUGUCGCUGACCCGCGUGGAACGGUCGGACAGCCAAUCGAUGUCUACGAAACCGCCGUCGAUCCGCAAGUUCAUCAAAGAGCGCGCCACGCACUUCCUGCAUAUGGCGGACGCGGGAGGAAGUUGCGGGGGCGGAUCGUCGAGACCUUCCGGCUCGCGACUGUCACGCUCGGACCGGUUCGCGGCCGAGAGCCGUGCCGCCGGUAAAAAGGGCAAGGGCCGUUUCUCGCUGCGCAAGUUUCUCGGCCUCAAGAAAGAUGGCGGAUGGGACGAGCCGGCCGAGCCGCUCCCACCAAAAAUCCGCCCGGAAAUCGUCCACCCGCUCGAUUUCCAUCCCAUCGGUCAGGUUCAAGUCGUGCAGGGCAAGAUAGAAAAGAACAACAGCAACGACAGUGUCAUUGGGCGGUCGCCGGCACACGACUCGAUUUCCUCCAGCGAUUCGGGUCGUCAUUCCUCGUUGGAAAUGCAGCAAAGCGACUCGUCGCUAGGCAGCAGCGAUUGCCCAUCACCGGCCAACAGUCAUCAAAGCAACUCAUUCAAAAGCUCUUCUCUUAAAGGCCGGCCGAAACCUCCGCCACCGCCGCGUUUACAUUCGUUGGAUCAGCCGCUGGUUGUGGCGGCGACGCCGCCGCAACGUUCGAAUGCGUCGACUCCAACCAACAGACCUUCGCGUCCACCUCCGCCUAAAACAAGCGAUUCCCAUGACGUCGGCCGAUUUUCUCCUUCAACGGCCCAUAACAGCCGCCCUAAUGCGGCCGAAUACGCCAAUCUAGGUGACAUACGCAAUGGCAUGACGCCGAAGAAGCCGGAACGAAGCGCUAGCAUGAGAACGAGGGAACGUUCCACGACUUACGAUUCGCAUGCCUUGGAAUCGAAACAGGACGGAUUGCAUUACGAUUGCGUUUCGAUCCAGCAGCCUUCACCAGUCAAUAAACCUAAGGCCGAUGAAGAUGGUUAUAUCAUUCCAAUGCGAAUGAAAUCGAGUCCAUCGUUUUCGUCCGUCUCCUCGUCGUCGGCCAGCUCCGGCCAGCGGCACAGCCUAACGAGCUUUCAACCGACGCAAGAAGGACCCCCUUCAAGGCGGUCCAACCGGCUCUCCGGUAUGAGGCAAAGCCGUCAAGAUCUUCACGUCAAAUUGGAAGAUCAUUAUGGAACGGUGACUGGCGCCAAUUUCCAGGCUCUAGCGCAACUUCUAGAACAGGCGACGAGCAAGAGACCCUUAGCGCCCCACUUUCACGAGUUGCGUCGCGUCAAGAGUCAAGAUUUGAAGUGGAACGUCUUUGGCGAUUAUCGGCCGCUCUUGAGGACGUCCAGCGUGACGAUAGUGCAGAGCAGUUGGCAGAGCCACGACCUCCUUCUCUCCGUCUACAGAAGCCUGCAAGAAAUGGCUGAUAAUAAAGCGCCGUUCGCCCAGCCGGCCGUCGUCAAUUUUAUGGCACACGUUCCAGCACCACUUCUUCCCGCUCGGGGAAUCAAAACUGCUGGAAUUGAAGUCUUCCCACCUGGUCAAGUGGCGAUGUUGAAACAGUUGCCGCAUCUCUUGACUAUGGAAACGGAAGGACAAAUGGAACGCCUUCAACAGAGCCUAUCCAUUUUGUUGCAAAUAUGCCGGGCGAUGGAGUGGCUUUCGCAGCAAAAGCGAGUGGUCGACCGUCUGAAUCACGAAGAGCUCGUUUUUUACCGUGAACAUAGUCAAGACGCCUACCGGCUCCUCUGGUUGCCUCAAGAAGCCGAGUCCGGCCUUGGCCUUUCAGUCAAAGAAACACUGUCCAGCUGCAUUCGACUUUUGACUCCUCUGCUGUCCAAUCAACUGGCCGACAAGCUCUUUGUUAUCCUGCAACGCGACGUGAUGUCGGUGGACAGGAUGUGCCAGUUCUUGGAGUACACCAUGUUCGGUCCGUCAGCCGAUCUGAUUGAUGGAGAUCACGAUCAAUCCGACCUGGACAUGUUUCAGCGCUGGCUUGAUGUUGAACGGGCCUCGACACUCAAUGAGCUCAUCCGGACGCAGGGUCUGUGGCGUGUCAAGCUGUCCGUUGUGGAAGAAUUCCGCUUGUCCUUUCUCAUUUCUACGUCCCCACAUCAUCUUUUCGAUACUAGCCAAAUAUAAUUCUUUGUUCUUUUUUAUUAUUAUAUAUAUAUAUAUAUAUAUAAAUGUUCAGUCUGGUCUCUCUGGUGUGCCUUGAUUUUAGUUUCCUUAUUAUCUUUCAUCUUCGUCACGUCUGUUCCCUUCCUUUUGUUUUUUGGGGAGAAUAUUCGUUUUUGGUCUUAUCCUUCUAUUUCGGUUGGGAUAGGAGCCGAACGUUUUCUCCUAUUCACGAAAAAAAAACAUCAUCCAGAUACCAAUGCCUUCCGACUAAUUCGCCGUCCUUAUCGUUGUAACAAAAUGUCAUUGUAAUUGGUACGAAAAAUACAAUUAUAUUGCAAUCUAAA